AUGGUGGGCACCCCCUCAGCUGCAGUUUUGUCUGCUUUUCAGUCUCUUCCUGGUUAUAAGAAUUUUAACUUUGAAGUAAAGAAGGAGGGGGUUUUAAAAAGAGUUUUCUGCAGUCAGACCGACGCCUGCGUGGAUUUGCUGCAGCAGCUGCUGGCCUUUGAUCCCGCCAGCAGAAUAUCGGCUAGAGACGCUUUGGCUCAUCCCUAUUUCUCUGAGGCGCCUGCACCCAGUUGCGUUCGUCUGCUGUCAGCAGCAGCAGAGCCGGUGCAGCCGAAAGCAAAAAGACUCUGUCGCGAUCAGGAACACCCUGCUGCUGCUGCUGCUGCUGCUGCUGCUGCUGCUGUGUCUGCCUCGGAUGCUGCAGGAGAAGCAGACGAUGAGGCCUCGUGGGUCGAAGCUCUGUCCAAACGCCAGCAGGCAGCAGCCCCCAGCCAGCUGCCUCUAUAG